AAUUCGCUUUCUUCAUCACUAAAGAAGGAUGGCGGUCAAGACCUGACUUUUUAAUAACGUGGGAGGGAACACCGACUUCUUUUGCUUAUCGUUAUCCUUACAUCUUUGCUUUCGAAUCCUCCUUCAUAGAAAUACGACAUAUUGAAACUGGUCUUUUGGAGCAAGUUAUUGAGGGAAAUAAUGUGCGAAACCUAUUUUCUGACUCACGUGGGAUUUUGGUCUUAACGAAUGAUAUUGACACCGAUAGCUCUGUGAUAUUUUCAUUAAAUAUUGUAGGAGGAAAAAGAAUUUCUCAAACUUUAGAGGAUACAAACAACGAUGAAAUAUGA